GGUCUGUAGAAAAGGAAGGCAGUAGUGAUUUGGGGCCUCGGUAGUCGGCGGUGAGUGGUGAUCGGUCAUUGACAAUGAUGAACUGGUGCUCGACCAAGUGGAUGGCCACCACCCUCGGCUGCUUCGCCGGAGGAACCGCCCUCUUCGUUGCGGGCGCCUAUUUCUCCUACGUCAACAUCGAACCCCAACGAGCCCGCAUCCUCGCCCGUGACCAAUUACUCAAAGAUUACCUCCGCAAGAGGUACGGAUACGGAAUCACUCGCUCGCCUCCUCUCCAGGUACUUCCCGUCCCUGGAUUCCCUCUGAUCUCGACCUUGUCUCCCGCGCCGCCGCCGUCCACGCCGCCGCCGUCCACGCCUCCGCCGUCUAGCACCACACCCCCUGUACACUCGGGCUAGGAUGAACUAUUGAUUACAUGUUCUGAAACCUCUUUGAAGGGUCGCACACUUGUACAUAGUCAUUCGUGAAUUUUAUGAUUUCUUGCCUAGCCUGUAUAAUAAUAAAGGACACAGAUAGUAGCAUACAUUUAAGCUUCAAGUUUAUACUUUUCGAUGAGUCUAUCAGAGAAAUGGCAGUCAAUUGCCUUGAAUCAUUGAUGGAUAUUUAAUCCUUGUGGUUCAUGCCGUGCUACAAUAGGUCUGCUACGGGGAUGAGGAAAUUUGGAGAUUCAUGCAAUUGCAAUGUUGCCUGGUAUCAUGUAAUAAUACCAUGUGCAUACUUUUGAACCUGAAAAAAGGCCUAAAUCUUGCAAUCGUUACAUAUUUUUAAGAGAUUUUUCUUGAUGCAUGCUUUGAGAUAGUACAUCCAUUUUGAGCUUGAAGGGUAUGUGAAUAGAGAUAUUCUGACCAUCUGGAAGGUGAUUAAUAGGUGCAAAAGGAAUAGUCGGUAGACUUUGUUCUCGAAGACAUGUUUACUUAUAAUUUUAACAGAUUUGUACCUAUUUGGUUGUGCUAAGUUGUAUACCUAGUGGUUCAAAUUGAACAGUCUUGGCAAUUUCUCAAUCUAUUCAAGUUAUGUUUUUAAAAA